UUUAUAAUUUAUGUUUUCUCUACUAUAAGUUUGUUAUUUUUAAUUAAAUAAGAGUUUCCGUUCUCAAUUUUCCGUAGAUCCAAUAACAAGGGUUCGUCGUUUUAUCCAGAUCUUAGCCGUUGAGAAUGGCGGCACCAGCAGCUGUGAGAACGGGAUGGUACAAAGGGAGAGUCAAAGCAGUUCCAUCGGGGGAUUCCUUGGUGGUAACGGCGAUGGCCAGUAACAGGCCUGGACCUCCACCUGAGAAGACCAUUACCUUGGCAUCUCUUAUUGCUCCUAGACUGGCUCGUAGAGGUGGUGUUGAUGAGCCAUUUGCCUGGGAGAGCAGAGAAUUUUUUAGGAAACUCUGCAUAGGGAAGGAAGUCACUUUCAGAGUCGAAUAUGCAGUACCAAGCAUAGGCCGAGAAUUUGGGUCAGUUUAUCUCGGUGACAAAAAUGUCGCAAUUUUGGUUGUCUCUCAAGGCUGGGCAAAGGUCAGGGAGCAAGGACAGCAGAAAGGGGAAGCAAGCCCUAUUCUUGCUGAAUUGCUACGUCAUGAAGAACAGGCCAAACAAGAUGGUCUGGGUCGAUGGAGCAAGGUACCUGGUGCCUCUGAGGCUUCUAUCCGGAAUCUGCCUCCAUCUGCCAUUGGUGACCCUAGUAACUUGGAUGCAAUGGGUCUUCUAGCUGCAAAUAAGGGUAAGCCAAUGGAAUGUAUUGUGGAGCAGGUUCGUGAUGGUAGUACCGUUCGAGUCUAUCUGCUUCCAGAUUUUCAGUUUGUUCAAGUGUUUGUUGCUGGUAUCCAGUCCCCUUCGAUGGGUAGAAGGGCUGCUCCAGAAACUGUUGUUGAAACGGAUUUGACCUCUGAUGAACAAAAUGGAGAUGCUUCAGCUGAGCCACGGGCUCCCUUAACAUCUGCACAGAGGCUUUCUGCCUCAGCAGCAGCCUCUGUUGAAGUUUCCCCUGAUCCAUUUGGACCAGAAGCUAAACAUUUUACGGAAGUUCGCUGCUUGAAUAGAGAUGUACGCAUCGUUCUUGAAGGUGUUGAUAAGUUUAGCAAUUUGAUUGGGUCAGUUUAUUAUCCGGAUGGUGAAACUGCAAAAGACCUUGCAUUGGAGCUAGUGGAAAAUGGUCUGGCUAAAUAUGUUGAAUGGAGUGCUAAUAUGAUGGAAGAUGAUGCCAAACGGCGUUUGAAGACUGCAGAACUUGAAGCCAAGAAAGGUCGGGUGAGAAUCUGGACUAACUAUGUGCCCCCAGCUACAAACUCAAAGGCGAUCCGUGAUCAGAACUUCACAGGAAAGGUUGUGGAGGUUGUUAGUGGGGACUGCAUUAUUGUUGUUGAUGAUUCUGCCCCAUAUGGAAGUCCUCUUGCAGAGCGCCGAGUCAAUCUUUCAAGCAUCAGGUGUCCAAAAAUUGGCAAUCCCCGUAGAGAUGAAAAGCCAGCUGCUUAUGCCCGGGAAGCAAGAGAGUUUUUGAGGACACGUCUUAUUGGAAAACAGGUGACUGUACAAAUGGAAUAUUCAAGGAAGGUCACCAUGGCAGAUGGAGCUACAGCUGCUGCUGUACCUGCAGAUUCAAGGGUAAUGGAUUUUGGCUCAGUAUUCCUCACGUCUCCGGUUAAGGGUGAUGGAGAUGAUGCUCCUGCAGCAGUCCCAUCCACAUCUGGUAGUCAGCCGCCCGGCUUGAAUGUUGCUGAGUUGGUGGUUGGGCGAGGCUUUGGCUCAGUGAUAAGACAUAGGGAUUUUGAGGAAAGAUCAAACUAUUAUGAUGCCCUUUUGGCUGCUGAAUCACGGGCAAUUUCUGGAAAGAAAGGAAUUCAUUCUGCGAAGGAUCCUCCAGCCAUGCACAUACAAGACCUUACAAUGUCACCAGCCAAGAAAGCUAGAGAUUUCUUGCAUUUCCUGCAACAGAAGAGGAUUCCAGCUGUUGUGGAAUAUGUCCUAAGUGGUCACCGUUUUAAGUUGUUGAUCCCUAAGGAAACUUGUAGCAUUGCCUUCUCGUUUUCUGGUGUCAGAUGUCCUGGUCGUGAUGAGCCCUAUUCAGAUGAAGCCAUAGCAGUAAUGAGACGAAGGAUCAUGCAAAGAGAUGUGGAGAUUUUAGUGGAAACUGUAGAUAGAACUGGAACAUUCUUGGGGUCUAUGUGGGAGUCGAGGACCAAUAUGGCUAUGGUACUCCUUGAGGCUGGCCUUGCGAAGCUACAAACUUCGUUUGGUGCUGACAGGAUUGUGGACGCUCAUCUUCUUGACCAAGCUGAGCAAUCUGCCAAGAGGCAGAAACUGAAAAUUUGGGAGAAUUAUGUUGAAGGGGAGGAAGUCUCCAAUGGAUCACCCACUGUAGAAAACAAGCAAAAGGAAAUGCUAGAGGUUGUUGUUACUGAAGUAUUGAGUGGCAGAAAAUUUUAUGUUCAGACUGUUGGAGAUCAGAGAGUAUCUUCUAUUCAGAAGCAGCUUGCAUCUUUAAAUAUCCAGGAAGCUCCUGUGAUUGGUGCUUUUAAUCCCAAGAAGGGUGACGUUGUCCUUGCUCAGUUUAGCAUGGAUAAUUCCUGGAACCGUGCACUGAUUGUCAAUGCACCUCGAGGAGGGGUUGGGUCUUCAAAUGACAGGUUUGAAGUGUAUUAUCUCGACUACGGGAACCAAGAGGAGGUUCCAUACAGUCGGUUGCGGCCUAUUGAUCCUUCAUUAUCAGCAACGCCUGGACUUGCUCAGUUAUGCAGUCUUGCAUUUCUGAAAGUUCCAAACCUCGAAGAUGAAUUCGGUACCGAGGCUGCGCAGUUUUUGAGCGAGCAGACAUUUGGAAGUUCUUUAAAAUAUAAGGCAGUAAUAGAGGAAAGGGAUAGCUCCGGUGGAAAAGUCAAGGGGCAGGGUACUGGUACAGUUCUCGUUGUAACUCUCUUUACGGAGGACCCGGAGGAUAGCAUCAAUGCAGCAAUGCUGAAGGAGGGACUUGCUAGGUUGGAGAAAAGGAAGAAAUGGGAACCAAAGGAUAGAAAAUUGAUGCUUAAUAAAUUGGAGGAGCAUCAGCAGGAGGCAAAAACUGGCCGCCGUGGGAUAUGGCAGUAUGGGGACGUGGAGUCAGAUGACGAGGAUUCACUUCCUCCGGUUGCAGCUAAGAAAACCGUAGGCCGGCGCUAGGUAUUGGUAAUAUUUUUAUCAAUCAUGUUGGGAAAGAGGAGGGGGGGGGUUGAACACAUGAGGAGUUCAAAGUGAAUAGGCGCGGAUCAUUCUCUCCCCCCAAAUAAAAUCUCCACGUAAACUUUUGCUUAAAUUUUGACUCUUUUUCUAAUUUCAUUUUUGUUUUAAAUUAAGAGAGACGUUUUGAAAUAAGGUGGAACUUGGAGGACGUGUUCUGUUUCCCAGCGGGAGACCCAUAGAAACAAUUUUUUAAUUUA